AUGUUAAUGUAUGCAACCAAUUAUGUCGUUUGUCGUAUUUUUUUUUUAAAGGGAGGGGAGGUGUCACAAUUUAUCAUUUUUCGCUCUAUAAUAUCCAUGGUUAUUGCAUAUCGCCUAAUAAUACAGUAUGAGGGACAGAAAUCAAUGUUUUUUGUUCCAUUUGAUUACAUUGACAACUUUAUAGAAUUCGAAGAUGAGGAACCUAAGAUUGAUCAGGGUGAUCUGAGCAAUGGGCUUUCCAGUGACGUGGAUGAUAAUGAGUUUUCGACAAAUGUAAUGACAGAAUCUGAUACUAAUCUAUUCCCAAUCCUGAUGCCCAAAGAUAAUUUUGCCAUUUACGUUGCAUCUAUCGCAGGAGCUUUUAGGCAACUUAUCAUGCAAAUUGCUCUAAAAUACACAUUUGCCAGGAAUGCUGGAGUAAUUCAACCAUCGGUCCCCAUCGUAACGGCAAUACUCGGUCAAUGGCUGGGCAUUGAAGAUGUAUCAUUUGUUACAUAUUUCUGCAUCUUAAUUUCGGCAGUGGGUUUGUUCGUCUCUAUGGAUAUAUUUUAUCCGAAUGUGGGCGUGUUGUUGCUAUUAUCCGUCCCUAUUGCUAAGGCUAUUCAGGUUAUUGGUCUAAAGAUCGCAACUUCUAAAUUAGAUAAGUCAUUGGUGCACACAUAUCAAAUACUAAUACUAGUUGGUAUGACUCUCCCCAUUUCGUUGAUUUAUCAGUUUCUAUCUGGAAAUUUGUUAUCCUUAUUUUAUAUUACUUUUGUUCAAGCAUGUUGCAUAGUGUAUUCUGCUGUAUCGGUGGUUUAUGUUGCUUGGAAAAUACAAAUAUUGGGGGUUAAAAUCAUUGGACCCAUUAGAGUAUCGUUAUUCCAAGCUAUACAGCCAUGUUUCACGAUAUUUUUGGAAUAUAUGUUCCUGGGUGAACAGGUUACCGUGAGAGUGUUGAUUGGUACAUUAAUUGUUAUUGCAGCGCUGGUUAUUCAAAUGAUGGUAAAUGAUGGGAUAGAUCUUAAUUCUGGUAAUUUGGAGAUGCAUAGUAGAUUAUUGCCCAAUCCUUAA